AUGUCGCAUGAUAGCACACUACAAGAUGAACAACUUUCAUCGGAAAUCCCGAACCAACUUUUCGACCCUGACCAAUAUCGUGAAAUUGAGAAGCAGUCGCGAAAGUCACUAGAGUUAUUGAUUAAUUGUGUCUAUUUGAGCACUUGCACGAUUUUACGCUAUCGAAAAAUUCUUCCCGAUGAAUGUUUUGUUGAUUUUGAUGUUUGUGGUGAUCUAAAGGGAUGUCGGAUGAAUGAAGAUGAGAAAAGGGGAUCGGCAAUCGCCAGAAAAUUUGCGAGUGCCGCAUAUGGAAUUUCGAAACGAAUUUUAAUUAAAUUCGCAUUGGUUAUUGAAGAAGAUACUGGCUCGCCGAUUGAAGCUUUUCUCUGGAGAUUCGUCUAUAAAAAGAAAUCAAGGCAUGUUUAUACCGGCCUUGAUGUUAAAGGGUCGAAAGAAAAAUAUACGCUUAAAUUCGAAAGCAUGGAAAAUUCGGUGGAAACGUUUUGCGAAUUUUUCGUGAAACUUACAAAUGUUCUGAGUUCGCUUGAUCCUCUUCCUUCCUAUGCUCUUCCGUCAUUCCGAUUAGCUUUUACUGGAACCGAUGAUGAAAUGCCGCAUGGCUAUUUUGAGACAGAUAAAUUUGUGGAUUUAAAACAAAUACAUUUGGGAACUGUUCGAUUUCCUAGAGAAGAAAUGAAAAUCUCGUUUGCUUCAAAAUAUUACAAAGAAAACAGCCCAUUCCACCCGGAUACGAUUGCCGAGGAACUUGAAAGACUCAACUCAUACAAUCAAGAUGUUGGUGCAAUGCCGGAAAACUAUGAGAUUUUUGAGAAGAUUAGAGAUUCGCGAUCACCGGGAGCUAUUGAAGAAACGACUUUGCAGAUUGAAGAGCCGGAUGAGCCGGAAAAUGGACCUCUUGAUGAUGGGCAACAAUAUUCAACGAUUUGUCAGCCUCCGCAAUCGACUGAUGAGCAAGCGUUUGAAUCGGCGGUGACUGUGAUGCAUUCGGAGAGCCAACAAACUGAAUUAAUAUCGGAAGAUGUGCAAUCGCCCAUCUCUGAGCAAGAGGAAAUCAUUGCUACCGCGAUGGCUUCACGACAAUUGAAAACUGCUAAAAAACAACCGGCGAAGAAGAAAAAGCAGAAUCCAACGAAGACUCAAAAAACAAGAAGACGUCAAGCGAAAACUGAUGAUGUGCCGAUUGAAGAUGUUACUGCUUCUGGACUUGAGCAGAUGUCAUUUGAACCGUUGAAGAAACGAUUUGCACGGGUUUCUUCUUUAACUACAAUUACACCGCCGUCGUCUCCUGUUCGCGAAGAAGAUACUGAAAUUGCGAAGAAGAAGCGAUUUGCUCGUGUUUGCUCGGUUACGAGAAUCUCUCCGGAAGUUCACCCAAACUUUCAAAGCUUUCUUGAUGAACUUGAUUAUGCACCUGAGCCAAAACCUGCUCCCGCUCCCAUUGAAGAAGAGGAAGUUCUUUAUAAUGAAGAUGGAGUCCGAAGGGUGAUCAUCGAUUAUGAUAGUGACGAAGAUACUGAAGUUAGAUAUCCAUAUGAAAAGCCAGAUGACUACCAAGAGUAUUGGGAAAAGAUAAACGAAAAAAUAAAAAAUGACGCGUUUGCGAAUACCAAAGAAAUUGAUGCGAAACUUGAAACUAUCAAGGAAGAUUUUGAAAACACAAAAAGGAAAUUGAAACAAAUCGACUUGCUUGAAAGAAACUUUAAAACAUUCACCAAAGGUUCUGUAUACACUUGUGUGAUAUGCUCCAAAGCAUUUGCAAAUCCCGAAGAGCUUCAAGCACAUUCUGAUAAGAUUCAUGAUAUAUUUAAUAAGAAGUUUAAGUGCCCGAAAUGCGGAUCUUUAUACAAACUGAAAAAGAAUUUGGAUAUUCACUUGAGAAAACACAAUGAGCGCACUGAGCAUAAUUGCAAUGAAUGUCAUUCGGUUUUCAGAAACCAUGUCGAAUUAUAUUCGCAUAUGGCCAAAUCUCAUAUGGUCACUAAUGAUAAUAUGAUAAAGUGCAAAUAUUGUCAAAAGGAUUAUUUGAAAUCUGCGUUGUCGAAACACCAAUCGUAUUGUAAAAACAAAGAGCGGAUUCUUGCCAAGAAACGAGAAAAGCUUUCGGAGAGUCGAAGUGUUCCGCCUAGUCCAGCAAUGUCGACUGUUAGCUAUAAAUCCUUUAAAAGCACCGGAAAUGGCGGAAGCACACCGGUCAGUCCUGUGGUUUCCUAUUUGGAUAAAUCUUGCGCUGUCUGUGGAGAAAACUUUGCCAGCCGACAAUCCAUGUUAAGGCAUGUUGGACGAAAACAUCCUGAUCGAAAGGAUGACCCGAAUGUAAUUGGAGUGAAGUAUCUUUCAGUUGAAUCGCCGACUCAUCAAUAUGCUUGUGAGGAAUGCGGAAAGAGAGUGACAACUCGAGCAGCUCUUACUUUGCACAAAGAAAGAAUACAUUUGAAGAAUCGAGCAUUCAAAAUGGACACGAAUUUCAAAUUCUCGAAUCUUGUCGGGUCGGUGUACCGGCAGGGGCAGGUCACAUUCACACCGGACGGCAAUUCAGUGAUCAGUCCGGUCGGAAACAAAUUAUCGGUUUUCGAUCUGAAAAACAAUCACUCGCGCACGUUGAAUUUGGAGACAUAUUUCAAUAUCUAUUCGAUCAAUAUUAGUCCGAAUGGAACACAUAUGGCAGUUGCUGAUGAAAAUCUCGCAAGAACUCAUUUUAAACAGUUGUUCGAGUUUUUCACCGAAAUUCACACAUAA